AUGAAGAUUAGGAUGGGUCUUCUUUUGCUUCUAAUCACAGGGGCAAGAAAAGCUAAAGGAAAUAUAGUGGAAGAUGACAUUUACUAUCAAAAUGAGGAAAUUGAUAAACUGAUGUUUUCUCUGGAUCAUCGUGUUCGAGACAAGUCUAAAAAAGAAGAGGUAAAGUAUGUAAAUGGUGAAAAUGCAUAUGGGUAUACAAAUAAAGGAAUUACAAAAGUGUUUAAUGUCUAUGCUGAAAAAGAAAUUAAAAAUUUUUUUCGAAUGAGUAAGGAUCCAAGCACAUGUGAUCACAACAUUUCGUUAGGAACAGUGGAAAAUAGAGUAAUAGAUCAGAUAUGCUAUAAAAGAGAAUUUUGUGGAAUUAUAGCUCCAGAAGAAUAUGUUAAAGUGGACACGACUUUAGAUUGGUAUAUGAGAAAAAAUGAGAAGAAGGAUUCAUUAACAUACUGUGCUUACUUGAACGAUACACAUAUCCUGAUAUAUCAUGUUGGAACACCACAACUUUUGAAACCAAACGUUAUAUAUGAAGAUAUAUUUUUUAAAGAAAAUGAAAAAGGCAUUAUAACCUGUCAUGCUAUGAAAAUAAAUUUGAGAUAUAUAAGUAUACACACAUUUGAUAAGAAGUGCUUACAAGAUGUUUUUGAAGAACAUGUUCGUGCUAAAUGUAACGAAAGAAAAACUUGUGAAAUUGAUUUUAAAAAUAUAAAAACAGGAAAGAAAAAAUGUGUCUUGGGAAAAGAUUUCAUCGUUCAUAUAAAAUAUGAAUGUAUUGAUGGCUGUAAUCAAGAGGAAAAUAAAGUAUGUGAUAUUUAUAAUGGGGAAGGACGUUUAACUACAUGCAGAUAUGGAUACAAUAUGAUACCAAUAAUAAACAAAUUUUGUGAAAAAAAUUAUACUUGUAAUAAUAAUGUAUGUUCAGUUAACGAGUUCUGCAGCAGUAGUAGUGAAUCCUGUGUGUGUAAAACAUCCUUAGUGAGACCUGAAAUAACUAAUAAUUGUUUCUAUACCAAUGUGUGUGAUGUUAUGAAAUGCCCUUUAAAAUCUAAAUGCACUAUUUAUGAAAAUUCUAAAAAAGCAGAAUGCAAAUGUGAAGAUGACAAAUAUUUAUAUAAAGACAAAUGCUAUGAUAAUUCAGAAUUAGAACAAGUAAUAAAAAUGGAAACGACACGAAGGGAUAAGUAUUAUAUGAAAGAUUUAUUUACUGGUAUUGCUUUAAAACCUGAGUAUAUUUUUAUGAAGUGUGAUGAUGGGUAUACUAUCCAAGUUGUAAAUGCUACUUCUUCAUGUUAUCCUGUAAUUUUCGAAAAAAACAAAAUCAGAUAUAUCACUGAUAGACUGAAAGAAGCUUGUAAUGGAAAAGUUAGAUGUGCUUUUGCAAAUAGAAAAAAUCCAGUUCUACCAUUAGAUGAAUCUAAAAUGUGUGGAGAAAAAAAUGUUAUUUAUGAGUACGAGUAUAUAUGUGCACAACAGAAUAAUAAGAAUAUACAAACAAAUGCAAAUCUUUCAGGAGGAAAAACCAUAACUUUAUUUAAAAGUGAACAUAUUAAUAAUGCUUCGAAAGAAGGUAUAGGAAAAAUUGCUAUUUUCAGAAGUAGGUUUAACAGCAAAAUAGAAUGUAAUGGAGGAAGCAUAAUAGUGAAUAAGGCAUUAGUAAAAACAGGGAAUGGGUGCGACGAUUUAGAUUUAACUACUUCUGUGAAGAGUUAUUGUGAUAAUUUAAGCAAUUGUGAUAUCGGUCUUACGCACCAUUUUGAUACAUAUUGUAAAAGUGAUCAAUAUCUUUAUGUUCAUUAUACUUGUGAAGAUUUAUGUGAAAUGUGCGGACCAAAUUCUUCUUGUUAUGGAAACAAACAUAAAUACAAAUGUUUUUGUGACAAUCCUUAUAUAGCGAAAGAUAAUCAUGCAAUUUGUGAAGCCCCAUCUAACUGUAAUGAUAUAACAUGUGGAGAAAACCAAAUUUGUAAAAUGAUAGAUAAUAAACCAGUCUGUCAGUGUGGUACGAAUUUUAAAGAUGUAAAUGGAUUAUGUGUAGUAGAUGAUAAAUGUGAUCUUUCUUGUCCGUCCAACAAAUUUUGUGUUAUUGAAAAGGUAAAUAAUAAAAAUAAAAAAAUGUGCAAAUGUGUUAAUGGGUUAUCUUUUGAAAAUGGAAUUUGUGUUUGUUCAGCGGAGAAUCAAAUAGAAGAAGAAGGGAAUUUAUGUAUUCCUAAAAAUAAAUGCAAACGAAAAGAAUAUUUAAAUAUAUGUACAAAUGAUAAAGAACAAUGUGUAUAUGAUAACAAUACAGACAUAGUAAGAUGUGAUUGUAUAGAUCACUAUAAGAGAGAUGAAAGAGGAAUUUGUGUUCCUAUUAAUUAUUGUGAAAAUAUAACAUGCAAUGAAAAUGAAAUUUGCAAAGUUAUUGAUAACAAAGGUGUAUGUGAAUGUAAAGAAAAUUUAAAAAAAAAUAAUAAUAAUGAAUGUGUUUUUGAUAAUUUAUGUGUAGUUAAUAGAGGAAACUGUCCUCCAGAUUCAGAAUGCAUUUAUCAUGAAAAAAAAAAGCAUGAAUGUGUCUGUCAUAAAAAAGAACUUGUACCUGUUAAUGGAAAAUGUGUUAUGCCAGAUAGAUGCACUAACGGACAAAAUAAAUGUUCAGAAAAUUCUAUAUGUGUAAAUAGAUUAAAUAAAGAACCCUUAUGUGUGUGUAUGUUUAAUUAUAUAAAAACGAAAGUUAAUAACCAUGAAGGAAGUACAGAAAUUUGUGUUCUGGAAAAUCCUUGCUUAGUAAAUAAUGGAGGAUGUCCAAUAAACUCCAUAUGUACAUAUGAAAAAAAAAAAGUAUCAUGUUCCUGUGGAGAAAACUAUGAAUACAAAGCUCUUACAAAUAAAACAGAGAAAAGAAUUGGGGGAGAUAAAAGGGUUGGAAUGGGAAAGGGUCAGUUAGGACAUCAUAACAACGGAUUCCACCCUGCAGAUGAAACAGAUGAAAUGGAUGAUAACGUGUGCCAUCCCAAAACUAGUGAAAUGAUUAGAACCUUUUCUUUUGAACACAAUGACGAUUCUAUUAUUGCCUUGGGCACGUGUGGAAUUGUUCAAUUUGUUUAUAAGAAUAAUCAAGUAAUCUGGAAAAUAAAUAAAACCGAUGAGUUCUAUAUUUUCAAUUAUGAAUAUCCAAAUGAAGGGAAGUUACAGGCUCAAGUUGCAAACAGAGGUGAUAAAAGCAUUCUUUACUUAAAAAAAAAAUAUUGGGGAAAAAGUAUUUAUAACGAUUUUGAGUUGGUUCAUAAUAACUGUGUCUAUGAAAAUAUGUUUUUCUACACCCAUCGCGAAGAUGUAUAG